UUGGGCUUCAAGUUUCGCCUAGACAUUGUUCUAGUUAGCCUAAACAACAUUCUAAACAGCUUUUAUGUUAGUCUAGGUAGCGCUAAUGGUGUGCUUUCAAUAAAGGUAUAAAUGGCGGCACUCCAGUCCCGCCUGACUAACUCGAUUUCAACUCGAUGAAAAAGUAAAUUGCACCUUGGGAAAAAUACCGCCUGAAACAAUAAGUAAAUAUUAACCCUGAAAGAUAACUUUCUAGACUGUUUUUUUGGAUUUAAAUGCAAAUAAGUUUCUCUUUGUUAUUCUCGCGGAACGGCUUGCUUAAUUAACACGUAGAGUAGUUUGCGACGCCAGUUCAAAUUUGCUUUGAGAAAAAAUUAAAAGUUUAAAGUGGCUGGGAAUAUAACAGAUGUUCCCGUCGUUGUUAGAAUAAGGCGUUACAUGAAGUUUUGCCAAGUAACCAUAAGCGCUAGCAGUGCUGGCAACCGUUGAGACAUCUUAGUACGCCUUGCGGGCCUAGCAAAUUGUACCGUGGGCUCAACUUCGGUGCAAAACACCAGUAAAUUCACCACUAUAAGAGUCCGGACAUUGAGGUGCGGGGUUAGAUGCCUCCACAAACACGCUGAGAUAAUGGCAAAAAUUUCAUGGCUAUCCAUUCUAGUCUUUCUUUGCCUCUCGGUUCUCGUUUCGGAGACUGCUAUGGUAAAUAUUCAUCGCGCAAUACCACGAAACGCAAAGCCAACAAGGGCGGACAACUCCAGCUGGUUUGGCUUUGAGGCGUGUAAAUUUCUUCCCGAUUUGUCGAAAAUAUUUGUGAAGAAAGAAGCUUGGCUGUACUCCAUUCCAGCGACGAUUCUUGUGGGAAUGUGUGGGAUAUUUCCUCUGCUUGUAAUACCAGUAGAAGCGGGACAUGCUUUGAGAGAAGGCGUCACUGCUGACCACCUGAAGUUAUUGUUAAGCUUUGCUGUUGGCGGCUUACUAGGAGACGUGUUUCUUCAUCUCUUACCAGAGGCAUGGGCUCAUGUUCAUGACGGUAAUAUUUGUCAUAUUGAUAUAUUACUGUACAGUGUACGAGAAACAUUUUAAAAUAAAAACUNAGAAAAUGUUAAAGUUGUGGGUUAUCUGAACCUUUUAGCUAAUUCCAUAGAUAAUUUUACUCAUGGCCUUGCUGUGGCUGGAAGUUUUAUUGUGAGUACAAAGGUAAGCCUUGCAUUUAAUGCUGAAUUUAAUUACUUUAUUUUGUCAGGAGAUUCAACAGCAUGGGUUCUUCCAUUUACGUCAGGGGGAUUUAUCUACAUUGCUUUGGUCACCAUUGUGCCUGAUCUUCUGCAGGAGACAAGACCCAGGGAAUCAAUCAAGCAGAUGGUGAUGAUGCUAGCAGGGAUUGCAUCUAUGGGUGUCGUGUCCUUUAUUCACUAAAUGACUACAUAGGUUUUUUUUCACCAGAAAUUAGCUAUAAAACUAAUGUUAAAAAAAACAAAAAAACAAAA